UGGAUAUCAUUAGAGGGCCCAUUCAUAGCUCAGUCGUUGUGCUUCGCGCUAAUGAGGUAACCCCAAUGCGAUAUGACAAGCCAAAUUACUGGAGUUGGGAUGCUUCGGCCGACACGGCUUGAAUUAAAGAUCGGCCAUCAGUGCGGGCGAGACUAGGGGCGAGGAAGGACUGUCGUGUUGUGAUGUUACUGAAUGAUACAGUGGUUUGAAAGUGUAGGAACUGCUUGCGGUGAAAACUGUCUACUCGUACCACAGGAUAACGCAGGGUCGGAGUACGCUACCCAGGAACGCUACGAUUCUCAUACUAACUGGACCUGUCAGUUAAUCUCGGGUUAACAUUGGUGGCAGACGUGUGGACCAUGGACCCGUCUGUGUCCGCAUUUAACUCCAUGACAAACGGAAACGCAGACAGCAACCAGCUCCAAAUGAACGGCAGUUUAGUGUCUCAAGCAACCAACAACCCCCAGGGUAAUGGGGGCCCGAACGGAGGGGGUCCGGUUAAAGCGUGUGGGGGGUGCGGUGCGCGCAUCGUAGACAGAUUCCUCUUACACGCAUUAGACAGAUACUGGCACACAGGUUGCCUAAAGUGUUCUUGCUGUCAGGCACAGCUUGGCGAAAUCGGGACAUCGUGUUUCACAAAAGCAGGGAUGAUUCUAUGUCGGAAUGAUUACAUUCGGUUAUUUGGGUCUGGAGGUACAUGCGCGGCCUGUUCACAAAACAUUCCUGCCAGCGAGCUCGUAAUGCGCGUGCAAGGCAACGUAUAUCACUUGAAGUGUUUCACGUGCGUCUCGUGCCACGGGCAGCUCGUGCCAGGAGAUAGGUUCAGUAUUGUCAACGGCAGCUUACUCUGUGAACAAGAUUAUCCAAAAGUGCUAAAAGGUCACGCUUCGCUGCCCGCGCGGACAGCGCAUAAGGUAUGUUGAUGGCUGACUCGUAAAGACUGUUCACGCCCUCUCCAUUGGCUACUCGUUUGUUAGAGGGUCAUUUCACAAAUCUUCAUCCAAUCUUUGCAUCUCCGGUCAGUCGGCCAUUAGGGCAGCAGCAGCAGCAGCAGCAGCUCGCGAUGGUGAACACGGCAACAUUCUGCCUGUUGGAUGUCCUCGUUUGUCAACACACAAACAAUACCGGGCCUUCUCGCUGAGGAUCAACAAGUGGCUAAAUAUUUAACGUGAUGACGAUUCUUGACAUUGCCAAGGUGCAGGAAACAAAAUGGCCGUUAACUGUAAAUGGCGGAACCCAUUGUCGUCUGCUCUUUGAGGGAAAUCACAAACGCAAACAGCGACUUGUUUGAGGAGGUGUGCUACAAUACCAGACACGAAACGUUCUCAAAACAUUUUGACUUUAUGAGCAUUUUCGUUUCUGCAACUAUUUAGACAGUAUACAAGAACUGUCAACAACUGUCUGGUCGAAGCAAACAGCUGUGGAGACGUUACUUCCGGUUCGCCGUAAUGAACGAUGACGUCAUCAUGACGCGAUGACAGCAGACGACAGUGAGAUACUGAUAGCUGCAGUGUCUUAUUCGCAAGGCCAUGUUUUAUCAAGAGUGACUGGAAAAGGAAGAGAAUGUACACUUGUAAAUAUUCCGUUCAUAAACCCGUUCCUAUGCUUUGGUCCAGUGAAACUGUCUGGUGCAGCCUUGCGGCAAUCUGAACACUCACGCCCGUCUCCACCGCGUGUACAGUCUCUGUCACUUCAAUUCGUUGCACGUGCUGUAGUAUGAUGUGUUACGUUAUAUGUAGGUGGCUCGAACGGUAACAUUUAAGUGCCUAUAUUUUGUUGAUAAUUUAUAGAAACUUCAAUCACGGGGAGGGCGCCGUUCCAUGACAAUUAUCCAGUAUACUCUAGCUAUUCUUGGGGUCGUUUGUAUCUUUAACAUGUACCUCAUAGAUACAUCAAUUCUGUACUUUCAUGCAAUUUAUUGUGAAGUCCGUUUUUUCAUCAAAGAAAAAUAAAACAUGCCUCAUUUAAGAACUUUAGAUGAAACAUUUUACCAUUCUGAAAUGACACGUGACCUAAUGUAAUUCAUUUAACGUCUUUUCACUUUUUAGUUAUCAUUUUUUCCUCUUAAAUGAUGGUAUUAGGUUUCAGGAGGUUUUCACAGUUGCAACUUAUUUGUGAGAAACCGGGGAUUAAGUAUAUAGAUUACAUGUGAUUAAUGUACUGUAAAGAUAUUCGGUUACUGCAUUUUCAAUAUGUUUGAAAAUUUAGCUUUAAAAAAAUACUGGUCUUGAAAGAAGGGAGAAUAUAUUGGUGGGGUAUUUGUCAUCAAAGCUGUGCACCGGAUACGCUGUGUGAGACGAGUGUAGCCAAGUAUGGUAGAAAUGAUCUACAAAAUAUGAAUAACAUUCCUUCGGCCUGGAUUAACGUAAACUUGAAUUUUGUUUCACAGUAUCGAUCGUAUUUUGAAAUGUGAUGAUCUUGAAUAUCAUACGUAAAUACUGAACACAGAGAGUAAGAUUGCUUGUUGGAAUUGUUUCUGUAUUGGCCUGGUUCUUGUGUGUUUCAACUGUACGGGCAGACAUGUACACAUGUUCUUUACCUUGUGACAAAAAAUUGUCAAUUGACAAAAUGUCUUGAAAAUAUAUAUUGACAAUAUUUGAUAUUGAUCAGCUGGAAGUAAAACUGUGUCCAGUGUGUAUGGCUCUCUCCGACAUAAAAUGUAUCACGUUAAACGUCGAACUGAAUAAAUUCGGUUGCGCACAACUGUUGAAAACGAGCGUAUUCAAACUGUGCACUUUUGACCAUAUGUUUAUAUAUACUUGAAUAUCGCACACACGAGAUGUAACAUUUUAUUUCCGAGACUUGGGUUCAGUUGUGAUUGGAGAACGGUGUCACGGGUUCUCAGCGUGCAGUGCUGUGUCCCGCUGCGGCCUGCUGGCUCCACGUGGCGUGGGUUCGAAGCCUAGAUUCCCCGAUCACGGUCCUUGGUUUGUCAGCACCAUACCUGUGGGUUUCACCAAAGUGGUACACGUCUCCGACUUGCUUCAUUUUGGGCUGUCCUUCCACAUGGAGUUGACACGUUGUGAUCAUUGUGAAAUAAUGAUGUUAAAAUCUGCGUUUCGCCCAACCUGCUGAUGGCACCGAGAAAGAGAACCAUCGUUUUAUCGUAUAAAACUCAUAAUGCGGAUCGUCACGAUAUGGCUGAAAUAUUGCCGAUGUGACGUUAAACUGUUUUCAGAAAGGUGAAAUAAUCAACUGUUGAACCUACAUCCCUCUAGAACCGACAUCCGGCAGUGGGUACUCUUGUGGUUAAACACCGAAGACGAGUUCGAUUCCAUUUUGGAAAUAUGUGAAACCCAUUGUUGGUACCCCCCCCUUCCCCCGCCGGGAUAUUGCUGUAAUAUGGCUAAAAGCGGCGCAAGACCAAGGUCACUCAUUCAAUCAAUGUAUUGACCCCACCCUCCACCCCUAUCCUAAGAAAAGCCCUGAGGAUAACUCUGCCGGGCCCCUCACUUUGUCUGUGGGAGGGGAAUAAGGGAUUCCCUGGGUAUUUAGUUUCCUCCACGAGGGAACGCACUUUGUUUACCGUGAUUUGCUUUUAUGAGGUAUUGUUUUUUUCUUUGAAACACUCAUCGCUGGACACUGAUGUGAGACGCUUGGACUUGCAAUUGUGUUUUUUCCUGUGCUAAUUAACGUGUAACGAGAGCCUGUGUGUGACUGUGUGUAUAUACUGGUGAGACUGAGAUAUGAUGGAGCUACGGAGACUUGUUGUCAAUAAAUGUACAGUGUUGAUACAUUA